AUGAGAUUACUUAAGAUUUUUACAGCAAUUUUACCAGCUAUAGCAGCAUUAACUUCUGGUGUUGAUCUUAAAAAUGAUAUCCAUUCAUUAUUAAAUUCAAUUCUUCAAGAUCAUAAAUCACUUCAACACACUCACUCUAUAAACUACGGAUUCAAUUUAAAAAAUGAUAUUAAAAAUUACAUUAAUGAUCAUGACGCUUUGAAAAUUAACUCAUUAACAUCUGAAGAUUUAUCAAAUGCUUUGGACGUUUAUAUUAGAACUCGUGGCUCAAAAAUUGAUAAAUUAUCAGUGAAUAGUUUCAAUGAAAGCUUAAAAAAAUGUUUCACUAGACUUGGUAUUGAAGCUAAAGUAAAAAAUGAUAUUAAAAAUGAUAUAAAAAAUUACAUCAAUGAUCAUGACGCUUUGAAAAUUAACUCAUUAACAUCUGAAGAUUUAUCAAAUGCUUUGGACGUUUAUAUUAGAACUCGUGGCUCAAAAAUUGAUAAAUUAUCAGUGAAUAGUUUCAAUGAAAGCUUAAAAAAAUAUUUCACUAGACUUGGUAUUAAAGUUAAAGACGAGAUUAAAAAGAAUUCCAAUGUGGAAAGUAGAGAUGAUACAUCUACCAGAGUUCAUGUAACCACCACUUUGGCACCAUCACCAACUCAAGGUAAUUAG